AUGGCAACUACCAAGACCAACCCAUACUAUACCAUCAGCGCCCUCCCGAACAAAGGCUACGGCUGCGUCGCCACAGCCCCCAUCGAGCUUGGGACCCGCAUCCUCGCUGACAGCCCGCUCCUCAUCGUCCCCAUCGCCAGCUACCUCGCGUCCGAUAUCCAAGCCGCCUUCGACAAACUCUCCCCGGAGCAGCAAGCGCAGUACUUCACCCUGCACUCCGGCCACGGCCAAGACCCCAAGAUCUGGCCCUCGCGCAUCCACGAGAGCGUCGAGCCGCGCGAGCGCCAGCGCAUCCGCGAACAACACGACGCACGCGUCGGCAAGGAAGCCAGUCUGAUCUCCAUCUUCCAGAUCAACUGCAUGGAGCUGGACAACGGCGCCGCGAUCUUCCCGCACGCCGCGCGCUUCAACCAUGCUUGCAAUCCGAAUGCGACCUUCAGCUGGAACGCGGCGAUUGGCAAGGAGAUCAUCCAUGCUAUGAGAGACAUCGAGGUUGGUGAAGAGAUCACAAUUUCUUACUGUGAUAUGAUCCACGAGCGACAGUUGCGGACGUGGGAGUUGAAGCACUAUGGAUUUGCGGGUCAGGAGGGGGAUGAGGUGGAGGGUACAUGGGCGUAUCAGAGUGCGCAGAGGAGGUUUAGGUUGGGGGAGUUGGAGAGGGAAACGAGGUUCUUGCGUGGCAAACGUCUCGAGCAGGGCGCACAGCAGCCUGAUUUCGUGGGCAAGCUGGUCGAGAUGGCUGGGCUGCACAUGCAGGAGGAAGAACAUGGUGUCAGACUGGCCAAUAUGUGA